CCCACAGCUCCACUGCUGCAGGAAAUUCCGAUCCCCACUGCACGUCCGGGUUAGGAUGAGACCCAGUGCAGUGGGAAGACGGAAAACCGUCUAAACUCUAGAUGACCGUUGCAAGAAGCCAAGCCAAGCCUCGCGUUUUUUUUUUCUUUUUUGCUCAAACAUGUGUUGGAAUAUAAGCCUUUGACAUAACAGCCUUUCUUUUGCGAGCCCAGCUGGGGCUUCGCAUCGACCAUCGACCUCUCCGUCGGUGUCUGUGUCUGCGUCCGCGUCCGCGAAUCGACAGACAAUGGCCUCCAGACCCAGCACAGCCCGAGCUUUGAUGCUCCAAUGCCGUCCGAGGCCGCGGCUCUCUAGACCGGCGAUCAACUUUAUUAGGAUGUCGCCAGCUGCCCGCGCGGCUUCGUCCCUCGGCUCUAGCCCUGCGAGGCCCGCUGGGCGCCAGCUGGGAUUGUUGGGAUACAACCUCGAGAGCCGACGCCAAAGCUCGACGACGCGCGCCGCGCAGACCGCCCUCGACCCCAAGUUCGUCUACAAUGUUGCCGCGUCAUACAUCUCCAAGGGCAUUCCGUUCGACCCCUCAAAACACGUCUUCCACUUCAACCUCUACAAUCGAGUGCAUCCGCCGAAGCCGGGCCGCGAGAAAUCCGCCCGGCCAGAGUCUGGGCAGGACGCCUUCUUCGUGAGCCGAGUCGGGUCCAACCCCAGCGAGGUCGCUCUUGGUGUAGCAGACGGCGUGGGCGGGUGGAUGGACAGCGGCGUGGAUCCGGCCGAUUUCUCGCAUGCCUUUUGCGACUACAUGGCCACGGCGGCAUAUGAGUGCCGGCCAGCGGAAGAGGGCAGCGCGAAGCCGGCCUUGUCGGCACGCCAGCUUAUGAAGAAGGGGUACGAUGCCGUCUGCCACGACCCGGCCAUCAAAGCAGGUGGUAGCACGGCGAUCGUGGGGCUCUUGAACGACAAGGGCAUGCUGGAGGUUGCCAACCUGGGCGACAGCGGCUACAUCCUUCUUCGGCUCAACGGCGUACACGCGUCCAGUGAGCCCCAGACACACGCAUUCAACACCCCAUUCCAACUCAGCGUGGUGCCACCUAGUAUGCUGCUCCGGGCUGCCGCGUUUGGCGGCGCGAGGCUGAUGGACCAGCCGCGGGACGCCGAGGUGACGCGCCACAACUUGAGGCACGGAGACGUGCUGAUUUUUGCAAGUGACGGCCUCUGGGACAACUUGUUUACCCAGGAUGUUCUCCGCAUUGUCAGCAGCACCAUGGCCAAUACGGGCGCGUGGACGACCACAGACGCUGGAGUUCAGGUGGCGUUGGACCUGUCUCCGUACACGCGGCUUGACACUGUGAAGGUGCCUAGUAUGGAUACUUCCGCCAGCGAAAAAAACGGCGCCAGCAAAGUAGGGACGCAGCAACGGCCCAUAGCCACACUGCAGAGCCUACUUGCGAUGGAGAUUGUUGGUGCCGCCAAGGCAGCCAGCCUGAACUCCAAGCUGGACGGACCUUUUGCGAAGGAAGUCAAGAAGUACUAUCCGUAUGAAGUGUGGCGCGGCGGCAAAGAAGACGACAUUUGCGCGGUGGUGGUUCUCGUAUCAGAAGAGGUACCGCCCAAGGCGAAGCUCUGAACGCCGGGAGCCUGGGGGCGAUGUCACACACUAUGACCAGCCAAAAAAAACCACGACAGUAAACUGUUGGAUUGAGCUCAACCACACCAACACAACUAUUAUACAUACGGGGGCAUUGAACGGGCGUUUUCUACUCCUUGUCUGUCACUUUUUUUUCACUGCAUGGCUAGGUAGGGAUCAAAACUUGAGCGUACGCCAGGCUUUCUGUCUUGUGUCAAGAGAUUCUGCGCAGCGCUGGUAAUGAAAAUUGGGAUACGGGAAAAUAUAUAUAUUCAUGUUGAAAGAACGAUAUAAUCAUAGCCUCGCUUUGCUGGACUGAUUGGUUUGAUGGAAAUGAGAAUCAGGUUUACGGGUAGCGUUAGAUAGACAUGUUAAAUCAAGCUCCACAGCCGCUGUGUAAGGAAAGAGCCCCAACCCACACCCACACACGUACAACCAACUCACACGCGUACCGAGCGGGCUAAGACCUCACUCCUUUGUC